CAAUCUUAUGUUCCUUAUGACUCUGUUCAUCAUUGUCAGUGACACCCGGGAGGGAGUCUGGGCUGUGUACUGUUAGGGACUCGGCCCACGCACAGGGGCCCCCACAGGCAGCGGCAGGGGCUUCACACCAUCCAACACCACAAGCUCAAACUAGAUUAUGACAGAGCAGGCUUGGAGCUAGAUAAGGUUAAGAUCUGACUGAUCUAUUGCCAUGAAUUGUGAGAGCGAGCAGAAAGCACACUUAUGCACACCACACACACACACACACACACACACUGUCUUAAUUAUUUCCUAUCGUCUCCCACAUGAAACAGAGCAAGCAGAACGCCCCCUACUGGCGUUUGUCCCUGGUGAACGUGUGCAGGAUGGUGAACAGCCUGAUAAACAGCCGGUUGUGGAGAGAACAGGAGGAGUACAACACUGGGGAGGAGCUGGGGGAGAGGCUGGCCUCCCUGCCUGAGCCCCUGGACGAGCUCCUCGACCUACAGCACAUCUGCAGAAUACUGCAGCCCCGAGAGGUGAGGGACGCACACAGGGAUGCAUGCAUACAUACAUACGUACACUGGGAUAUACAGACACUAAGGGCUGGAUUCAGAGGUGUCGGAGGGGGAACUGCGUUAGAGCUAUCCACAAGCGGCUCGUUGCGUUACCUUAUUGCAGACGCUGCCAUUGGAUGCAACCAAACCACAGCCGACUCUAAUCCGUCCAAUCCCUUGAAGCCGAGUCAGAAAUUCAUGCAGCCGCUUUACAAGUUCAAACACUCGAAUUAGACUGAUAGGCUACAAUCCCCCCAUCCAAAUGAACAGGAAAACACCUCAACUACCUCAACUAGCCGGUGCCCCCGCUCAUUGACUCUGCACAGGUACCCCCCCCUGUAUAUAGCCUCCCAACUGUUAUUUUAUUUUAUUUCUGCUCUUUUUUUCUCAACACUUAUUUGUUGUUGUUGUUUUAUUUUACUUUUUUUGAAAAAAAUUAAUUCAUUGUUGGUUAAGGGCUGUAAGUAAGCAUUUCAUGGUAAUGUCUACACCUGUUGUAUUCGGCGCGUGUGGCAAAUAAAAUUUGAUUUGAUUUGAUUUGCAUCAGCCUAACAUCAAUGGUUUGACAUUUGAGAGUCAUUAUUUCUAACAUGGAUAGAGCCUACACUUCCUGGUACCCUUUUGAACUUCUAAAUGCAGUAGGGAUAAUAAGUAUAGGAGUGGUUUGUGACACACAACAGCAGCCGCUCACUGAUACAGUAUGAAAAAUGUAUGCACUCACUAACUGUAAGUCGCUCUGGAUAAGAGCGUCUGCUAAAUGACUAAAAUGUAAAAAAUACAGUUUGUCAGCUCAUACCGCAGUUACACCUCCAACACCGUCAAAAUAUCUGCUAUGCGGAUGUCGGCCAAUGCAGAUUAGCGCUCAAUCUGAUUGAGUCAGGCCACAGAUAGGGAUGACUAUACCGACACCUACAAUGACAGAGGCUGAUACACUGCAAAGAUAGACAUUUUCCCAUUUGAAUAGAACAACUUUCAUGCAGACAUAUGCAUUUUAAGAAGGUCUCACACACACACACACACACACAAAAACACACACACACACUCACACACACACACUCACACACACACACACACACACACACACACACACACACACACACACACACACACACACACACACACACACACACACUCACACACACACACACACACUCACACUCACACACACACACACACACACACACACAGAAGGUCUACAGAGAGCAGUACACACACACAAAGACAUAUAAACAGGGCCACACACAUAUCGCUCACUCAAGCUCACCCACGAUGAGCGUCCAUCCCUGGGCCCUGCACAGCGCUAAACACCCACGAUGAGCGUCCAUCCCUGGGCCCUGCACAGCGCUAAACACCCACGAUGAGCGUCCAUCCCUGGGCCCUGCACAGCGCUAAACACCCACGAUGAGCGUCCAUCCCUGGGCCCAUCACAGCGCUAAACACCCACGAUGAGCGUCCAUCCCUGGGCCCAUCACAGCGCUAAACACCCACGAUGAGCGUCCAUCCCUGGGCCCAUCACAGCGCUAAACACCCACGAUGAGCGUCCAUCCCUGGGCCCUGCACAGCGCUAAACACCCCUCAUUAAAUGCCUAUCCUUCUCCUCAUGUUGAUGUGCACACGGUCAGCUCCACAUCUCCUCACACGUCAUGGUCGAGGUUUCUUCAGAUCACCUGUUUUCUCAUGCAUGGAAGAACACACUAAACACUUGUUUAAACCACAGCUGCAUAGGUACAGCCAGCCAUUAUCUGAUGUCACGAUUAUUAUUAAUGCCUGCGUUCCAAAUGGCACCCUAUUCUUUAAAGUGCACUACUUUUGACCAGAGCCCUAUGGGCCUUGUCAAAAGAAGUGCGCUAUACAAUGGAAUAUAGGGUGUAAUUUGGGACGCAUACCAUGUGUUAUAUUUGCAUUAUGCACCAGGAGUGGCUUAUUCUGUCUUUCUUUACAGCUGCUUGGCAACUCUCAAGAAUACUUAGACGCCGAUCAAAACAGUGACAACCCGCUCAAAAGGAAAUCACCGUAUAUUUUUAAGAGGCAAGUGAAAAACACCAAAGCUCGGAGGCCGUACAUCUUGAAGCGGAGGUCAUUUUACUGA